AUGCUGAUGUUGAGGAUACUUUCGUUCGGCCCUCUGGCGGGCUUUCAUUACUGCGCAUGCGUAUUAGUAUUCCGCGGUUACUUCCGUUCGGCCCGCUGGCGGCCGCUCUUUACUGCGCAUGCGGGAGCGGAUGCGGAGGUUGCUCCUGCUCGGCCAGUCGGCAGUGCGCAUGCGCACUCGGCUGUUGCAGGAUGGCUGUGGUUGGUGUGGGUUGAACUGGGUGACAUCCGGUUGGUUUCUUUGUCACCGCGAUGGAUGGCUGGCAGAGCGGCAACAUCGGGCACCGCGGACCGACCGACCGGCCGGCAUUCCUAG